AUGCCAUGCUCGACCUUGCUUCAGUUAUCCCUUUUUCCAAUGUGUAACUCACAAUUAAGUGAAUGGAAAAUUAGAUCAAACGAUGCUGAAGAUAGAAAGGUAAUGUUGCUGAAUGUGAAUGAGUUUCAUAUGAAUCAUGCUGAUGAUGAAAGAAAUAAAAUUGAAAUAAAAAAAAGUGUAGACAUUUAA